CCAGAACAAGAAUCCAUCAGUACAAGUGUUCACUUAAGCCCAAUUAUUUAACUUCUUUCAUUUCCCCACUCAAACGCGGCUUCCCCUGUCUCUUUCGCCUUUUUCCCCCCUUUUAAGACUGCUCUCUCCCGUCCCCACUCUCCGGCGAUUUUCUGUUCAAUUCCUGGUGAUUUUCUUUCUGCUACUACUCUUCAAACUAGGAACAAAGAGAAACGGUUGAAAUCGAAACGAACCUUCAAUCGGCAAUGAUGAUGACUCGGACGAUCUCUGUUGUUCUUUUCUUCGCAAUGCUGGCGCUACAUCGGUCCCUGGCCGAAGAUUCUCCGACGGCUUCACCAGCGCCGGCACCGGUAACCGGAACCGACGAUUUCUCCCCGCCGGCUCCUGCGCCUACUCCAGAUAGUCCCUCUAGGGCUCCUCCACAGGAUGCUAGUUCUCCUCCGCCCUUAGAUCUCGGCUCACCAUCGCCGUCACCGGCGGAUGCAAAGGCAUACUCUCCGGCUUCGGAUUCUCAAGUUGCGAAAGAUGUGAGGCAGGUCAGUACGAGCGAGGAGAAGUCAUCAGGCAGGGGAAAGAAGGUGGGAAUAGCUGUCGGAGUCGUGGCCGGCGCGUGCGUCGCUGGACUGGGAGCGCUGGUUUACAAGAAGCGUCGGGAUAAUAUCCGGCGAUCUCAGUACGGACAAGACGCCCGCGGUUCAUUGCUCUAAAAUGCGUGCAGCUUUUGAUCGUGUAGCCGUUCUGUAAGUCAUCUAUACACAAAUCCUUUGCAUUGAUAGUUUGGUAGAUUUGCCAUUUCUAUAGAUAUAUGGUUGUGUGAUUGUUCAGCGGGAGGAGGUAAAGAUUGGUUCGAUUCUUAUCACUGUUAAUUCUUGUUACCAUAGUAAUAAUGUUGCCACGUAGAGGCCUCAUGAUUUUUCUUUUUUAAAUAUACAUAGUAUUUUUUUUCAAAGUUAUCGAAUUUAUACAAGGAACUCUCUCAACAGUUAUUAAUUCAGUAGCACAAUGCACAUUUGAUUGUGAA